CACUGUAUUAAAAGUGACACCUCGGAGAUAAGUUCAUGGCGGAACCCGUGAAAGAAGCUCCUGUGAAGAGAAAACCUGAACUUGAGUUAGUCGAUGAGGUUGAUAAUCCAAAGAAGAUAAAACCUGAGGUUUCUGGUAAUGAUCCCCCACUCAUUGAAGAAAAAUCUAGCAAAGAUGACUCAGAAGCAGAAGCAAACGGUGAAAACGAUGAAGAUGAUGAUGAUGAUGACGACGACGAAGACGAUGAAAUUGUGGACGAGAACGGUGAGCAUUCCAACGGGAAAUCUGUGAUUGAUAGUAAGGGUAAAGGGAUAAUGGUGGAAGACAAAGGGAAGGGUAAAUUGAAGGUUGAAAACAGAAGUGAAGAUGAUUCCAGUGACGAUGGAAACCCCUCCGACGAGGACACUGACCUUUCCGAUGAUCCGCUUGCUGAAGUCGAUCUAGAAAACAUUAUUCCUUUAAGGACGCGGAGGCGGGUCGCUCAGCCGGGAGCUUAUAUUGUUAACGAUCCCGACGGUGAUGAUGACAGUGACGAUAGUGAUGCCUAAUUUGAACAAGGUCAGUUGGUCUUAGCCACAUUUUAGGUCUUAGAUUUUGGAGUUCAAGAUUGUAAUUUGGAGAUGAAAUUCUACUAAUUCAUUGUCUGGAAUACAAUGUAGUAUGACUUGAGUACAUGAUAUAGCUCAAUUUAAGCGACAUGCUUGGUUUUGUUUAAAUUGGACCAAUUAAUGACCUAACUCUUUGCUUCACAAUUUGCAA